UAUUUUAAGUUUCAUAAAUAAAGUUCAAAAAUUAUUUCUCGGAAUAAAAUACAAAAUGAAUUUAAAUAUUUUAGUUUGGUUUUUGGUGAUUUUAUAUUAUACAGUUGGUGAAAAAAGCGAUGAAAAUUUCCCGGCUAUAACCUAUGUUGAUGAGAUUGUGGUUCUUAAAAAAAUGUUUGCCAGCUUACAAGAUAUUAAAAAAUCAAUUAAUAUAUGGGACUCCAGAUAUAACGAGCUUUUUGAACUUAAGGCAAUAAAGGAAAAAGAUUUACCAGUUUUUGAUAUACGUUUCGAUAAUAUACCCCUUAAAUGUCAAAAUCAAUCUAUGCCGAAAAAUUGUGCUGAAGCCACAUCCUGUACACAACGUAGUGGAAUUUAUAAAAUAAAAUUAGAAAAAUUUAGCAAAGAUCCAUUUCUGGUCGAGUGUGAUGUUAAAACUGAUGGUGGUGAUUGGAUUUUAAUACAAAGACGUCAAGAUGGUUCGGUUGAUUUCUUUCGUAACUGGCCAGAAUAUCAAAGGGGUUUCGGUAAAAUCGAUGGAGAAUUCUUUAUUGGCCUCGACAAGUUGCAUGCUCUAACUAACUAUAAUGGACCUCAAGAGUUACUGAUCAUCUUAGAGGAUCAAAAUGAAUUAAGACAUGCCAAAUACAGCCACUUUGUCAUUGGUAGCGAAAGUGAAUUUUACGCUCUCCAACACUUGGGUGUUUAUACUGGGAAUGCAGGCGAUUCGUUACGUUAUCAUUUGAAAAGUAAAUUCUCAACAAAAGAUAACGAUAAUGACAAUCAUGAAUCGUCAAAUUGUGCUACAGAUUAUACAGGUGCAUGGUGGUAUAAUAAAUGUCAUCAUAGCAAUCUUAAUGGCAAAUAUGGCGACAAAACACAUGCCAAAGGCAUAACAUGGCAAACAUUUCGUAAUUACAAUGUCUCUGUGGAAUAUGUGAAAAUGAUGAUCAGACGUAGAACGUUUUAAGGAAAUAAUUAGAGCUAUGCGAAAACUAUAUAAAUACUUUCACUUAUUUGGACUAAUUAAUACAUAACAAUAAAGUUAGAUAAUUAUUUAUA